UAUAAGCAAACAGAACGUAGAGAGCCAUCGAAGCACAUAAUAAAAUUUUACUUGACAAUUUGUAUAUCUGUGUUAAUUAAAAGAAUGAUGUCCUUUGUAAAAAGUAGCUUUGCACUAAAGCAAGGACUUGUUAAAUAUGGUACUACUACAAAUUAUUGGAAAGUAAUAGUAAAUAAAUCGUAUGCAACUAAAACUAAUAAUGUUGUUAAGAAUAUAGUGUUUAUUGAUGGUGUUAGAACACCAUUUUUGCAAUCUGGAACAAGUUAUAAAAACUUAAUAGCAUACGAUCUUGCAAAACAUUCAUUGGUGGCUUUACAAAGAAAAAUUGGGUUUCCCAAAGAAGUAGUCGAAUAUAUAGUUUAUGGUACAGUAAUGCAAGAAGUACGAACUUCGAAUAUUGGCAGAGAAGCAGCUUUAGGAGCUGGAUACAGUGAUCGUACUCCUGCACAUACAGUAACUAUGGCAUGCAUCAGUAGCAACCAAGCACUUACAACUGGUAUGGGUUUGAUUGCCUGCGGUGCAUACGAUGUAAUUAUUGCCGGUGGAGUUGAAUUUAUGACAGACAUACCAAUUAGGCAUAGCCGACGUAUGCGAUCUUUAAUGUUACAAGCCAACAAAGCAAAAACAGUUGGACAAAAAUUAAGUCUUCUUACUAGCAUUAGACCAGCACAUUUUGUACCAGAUUUGCCUGCUGUAGCAGAAUUUUCUAGCGGAGAGGUGAUGGGGCACAGUUGUGAUAGAUUGGCAGCUGCAUUUAAUGUAUCCAGAAAGGAACAGGACGAGUAUGCUUUACGUUCGCACACUUUAGCUGCUAAAGCUCAACAACAAGGAUAUUUUACAGAUUUGAGCCCUUACAAAGUUCCAAAUGUAAGUCAGGUGGUAGAUAAAGAUAAUGGCAUUCGUGUUUCUACGCUUGAGCAAUUAGAAAAGUUAAAACCAGCAUUUGUCAAGCCAUAUGGAGUUGUAACUGCUGCUAAUGCUUCCUUCUUAACCGAUGGAGCAUCUGCAGCUUUAAUAAUGACAGAAGAUAGAGCUCUUCAACUUGGCCUUACUCCAAAAGCAUACUUAAGAAAUUUCACUUAUGUCUCCCAAGAUCCAAUUGACCAGUUACUUUUAGGACCAACGUACGCAAUACCGAAGGUGUUACAAAAAGCUAAAUUGAAUGUAAAAGACAUUGGAGUGUGGGAAAUACACGAAGCUUUUGCUGGACAAAUUUUGGCUAACUUAAAAGCAAUGGAUUCUGAUUGGUUUGCACAAAAUUACUUGGGUAGAUCUGGAAAAGUCGGAGUACCCGAUCUUAACAAAUGGAACGCAUGGGGUGGAUCUUUAUCAAUUGGACAUCCAUUUGCAGCAACUGGAGUUCGAUUAGCUACGCAUACCGCUAAUCGACUUAUCAGAGAAGAUCAACAAUUUGGAUUGAUUGCGGCUUGUGCAGCCGGUGGUCAGGGUGUAGGCAUGAUCAUGGAAAGAUAUCCUGCAGCAAAAAUUUGAAAUAUAACAAAAAUUAACUGAAGAAAUAGACAGUUACUAACUGUAAAAAAUAUGUACAAAAUAUAAGUAAAUUAUAUAAUAAAAUAUAUAUAUAUUUUC